AGGAAAAUAGAGGAACUUUGCAUUGAAUGUGGACGUUAGUCACAUGCGCUCAUUUCGGUGACUGCUCCCUCACUUUUGUCCUUUAAAUCGCUCUUCAUAUUUAAGGGGUUUUCCCUAAUUAUUAAAGGAUAGGGAAUCUAUACCCACCCAACCAUUAUUGUUCCCCAACUUCUAUCUCCAACUUCUAUCUCUUUUUGUCAAGAAUCUGACCAAUCUCAAUCGUUGUACUCUCUCUUUUUCUGGACAACAAGUUUUGAUUUUUGAUCCAAAGGGUUUCCGUGUUGGUGUUUGUAUUCUUGCAAAAUAUUCCAAAAUUGGCGAAAGGCUAAUUAAGUCUUGGUCUUUUCCAUCACCUUGCUAACACAAGGAUGACAAAGGAGAAGCAAGAUUGUGGGUCUCUUGCUCCUCUCUUACCCGUGGAACAGGAUGAAAGGUCAGGGGGAGGACGAUCAAUUUCUGGUGCCAUAUUCAAUAUCUCUACAGGAAUGGUUGGUGCUGGGAUUAUGUCUAUCCCUGCUACUUUUAAGGUUCUUGGUGUAAUUCCAAGCUUCUUUGUUAUCCUACUUGUUGGCUACUUUGUUGAGGUGACGGUCGAUUUCCUAUUGAAAUAUACCCAUUCGGGCCAGUCGGAUUCUUAUGGUGGCCUUAUGGCUGAGUCUUUUGGAAAGUUUGGUUCAUUUGCUCUUCAGAUUUGUGUCAUGAUCACUAAUCUUGGUGCCUUGAUUAUUUACUUGAUUAUUAUUGGGGAUGUCCUCUCAGGAAAUACUUCUGAUGGAUCAGUGCACUUGGGUACUCUACAGGAAUGGUUUGGCAUUCACUGGUGGACCUCACGGGCAUUUUCAGUUCUCGUUGUUGUGGUUUUUGUCAUGCUUCCAUUGCUCUCAUUUAAGCGCAUAGAUUCUCUGAGACAUGCAUCGGCAAUAUCAAUCCUCCUAGCUGUGCUGUUUGUUGUCAUAUGCUCGAUGAUGGCAAUACAUGCAAUGUGGGAGGGGAAAACACAAAAGUUGCGACUGGUACCAGAUUUCUCACGUGGAGUUUCCUUUUCUGAUCUGUUCACAACCAUUCCAGUUUUUGCUACUGCCUUUGGAUGUCAUGUUAAUGUUCAUCCAGUCAGAGCUGAGCUGGGAAGACCAUCUGAAAUGACAUCUGCUGUUCGCAUUUCUUUGAUAUUAUGUGUUUCCAUUUACUUUGCUGUGGGAUUCUUUGGGUACCUAUUGUUUGGGGACUCUAUCAUGGCUGACAUGCUGAUCAACUUUGAUCAAGCCUCUGACUCUUUAAUUGGUACAAUACUUAACGAUAUUGUUCGAUUGAGUUAUGCCAUUCAUCUCAUGCUGGUGUUUCCUGUGAUGAAUUAUUCUCUGAGGGUUAAUGUUGAUGAACUAUUCUUUCCUAAGAGACCUUUGUUGGCCACAGAACCAUUACGAUUCUUUUCCCUUACCUGUAUUUUACUUGCAUUCAUUUACGGAGGUGCUGUAGCCUUUCCAAAUAUUUGGUACUUCUUUCAGUUCAUGGGAACGACAACAGUCAUGUGCAUUAUGUUCAUAUUCCCGAGCUCAAUAGUUCUUAGAGAUGCUCACAACAUAGCUACAACUCGGGAAAAGAUAUUGGCUGUAGUGGUGAUCAUCUUUGCCAUUGGGACUAGUUCAGUUGCCAUAUACUCUAAUAUUGCCACUUAUAUUGCCAACUAAUGACCAACUUUACUGGGCUGCACUCUCAAAAUCAGUUGACCGAUGCCGGAAGGUAGUGAUCAGAAGAAGUUCUCGUGAGCAUUGGAAAAUCAUCAGUAAGCCAAUGAGAAGUGAGAUCAUCUUGUUCUUAGCAAUGCCUGCAUGGUUUUUGCGCUCAUCCAGGCAAAUGGGAAAGAACUCUUUGGUAUCUUUAUGGGGCUUUUCUUUUAUGCUCAAGUCAUACCAAGCAACUGCUUUGCUUUAACUGUUGAGGAUCUUGGAUGUUUUUAUUUCCACAAACCUUUUAUCUUCGACUAGGAAAAUAGGGAAUUCAUACUUGUCAAAUGAUGAUAUUCAAGAUAUAAUUUAGUUAUUUAUUUUUCAGAAA